UUAAAGGGAUGUGUGUUAUUUGGUGCAGAAAGUUUGUUUUGAUUUUCCUCUUUCCGUCCUUUUAGGGAGCUUUUCCGGGCACUUUCCGGAAAGACAAGUCGCAGCAGUAUUCAGGGAUAAAAGGAAAACUAUCCUAUUAAAUAAUUCUCAUUGAGAAAUCACCUAAAAUCAAAUAAUUUACGUAAUUUGUAAUCAGCCCAAUCAGCUGUUUGUGUUUUGACACAAGAAGUCUAUUUGUGUGGUGGAACCAGGAAGUUUUUGGUGUGAAAUAUUUGUGAAAAAAUGCCCAAAAAAGUGAUUUUACCUGCAGGAAUUUAACAUAAUUCCCUUCUUGGAUCCCAAAAGGCUACGUAUACGGUAAAAUUCAGCGGAAAAUCGCUGAAAAUCUGUGUGAAAAAGUGAUUGGAAAAUUUUGAUUGAAAAAAGGGAGUGACGCCACCAUUCGUCGUAAAAUAAUCUCCUCAAGUUUUGUUGAUAAGAUUGUGCUAACCACAGGAAAGUGGGCUUUUCCCCCAAGAGUAGGGAAAAGUUGAAUUGUGAGGAAUGUUGGUGCUUGUUGCAUUGCUAGAAUGCGUAGAAACGGGAAGAAAUGGUGUCGAGCUGUGAAUUAUUUGUGAUUUAUUGAUUUUUCCUUCAUUGGCGUCGCAUUGUGUAACCUUCGCUUGAAAAAUUCAGCUGCAUAGUGAAAAUGGAUGCACAAACGCAACUUCCGGACUUUCUGGGUAUCCCACUGGCUGCCCAGUGGAACUACACACAACCCCUGGAAAAUCUAAAGAUGGAUUCAAACAUGGUGUGGCUUCUGUGUUCCCUCCUCUCAUCCAUCAUCUGGGUCAUCUACAUCACCUUCUAUCACUCACGCGUGAUGGGUUACUUCAUCACGAAGCUUGCCAAUCGACUCUUCAUUAAGGCAGCCUACUUCCGGAUUGGCUCUCUCACACUCAAUCCACUCGCCGGGAAAAUUAUGUUCCGGGAUAUUGUUUACAUUUGCUUCGACUACACAAUUCGCAUCCAGGAUGGGUACUUUAUCUUCCGCUGGUGGAGAGCCUAUGUACCCAAGGAUGUUUCCGAGGAUCUCUCUCACUCCGACACACGCCUCUCCGUUAUGCUGAAUGGGCUGGAGAUGCAUGUCUACAAUCGCUGUGACCUCUAUUCCAAGCUGGAGAAGACUUUUGGACUGAAGCCCACCAUCCUUAUUCCUACGGAAAAUAUGUCGAGUGACGAAGCGAGUCAGAUAAAUGAGCAAGCAAUGAAUGUACACAAUCUCACGACUGAUAGAACAGACGGCGAGGGGCAGACGGGGAGUGCGCGAGAGAGGAAGAAAAAGCCACGACCCGAAGCAAUGACCGCAACAACAUGGAGAGACUUGAUACCUGUGAUUAAAAUUGACAUCUGCUCCAGUCGCUUUGUCUUUGGCAAUCGCCUCACACCCACCACGCUCUCAAUUUGCAUUGAGGAGGCUCACUGUGUGUACAGCACAAAGCCCGCCGUGUCGCGGCUUGAUCACUUCAUGCACUUUGUCAAGGCAAAGGCGGAGAAUGCCAAAGUUCUCCUGGCUCCGAGUCCCAAAUACACGGGACUCGUUGAUGAGCCACCUCGCUACAUGGGUGAGGGUUUUGUCGUGAUGAUGUCCAAUCUGUUGGAGCUGUACUUCUACAUGGAUGAAGCUGGGGUGGUGCCAGAACAGCCAGUUCUGCUCACCCUGGCAAAUGGAGAUGUAGUCGAGGCGGCACCACCAAUGUGGGGAAUUGAUAUAAAAUGCGGCAAAGGGACGGAUUUCAGCUAUGGCCCAUGGGCUGACAGGCAGAGGGAUCACCUUUUCAGAUUCUUCUUCCCACCAGAUUGGCAAACAAUGCAAGUUACACAACCCCCAAAGCCUGGAGAUCGGAGGCAGUAUCAAACAUUUGAGGUGAGCCUCAGCACCCUGGAUCGAGCCACAAUUGAUAUUCUCUUCUCGAAGAAUAAGGAAACGAAUGCUGUUCAUGUGAUAACUGGGCCCGGAUCCUACUUGGAGGUUACCUUACCGUGGAUAACACUCCAAGAUGGGUUCACGACAAAAGUAACGGGUCAACUAUUGGGGGCACGUGCUGUGGAGGCCACCACGAGUCUUCAGUACCGUAGUUUAGGUGAAUGUGAGACACUACAGUUCAACGUGAAGGUUCACUACCCAUUGCGUUGGAAUGAUCAUCAAGAGUGGAAUAUAAAUUUAACGGGAUCAAAGGCCACGGCGUACGUUGUGUACAGCCACAAGGACUUCUUUCAGGAUCUCAUUGAGGAUUGGGCAUCAAAGUCACGGCCUGAUAUUUUGUACUUUGUCCCCUACACGUGGAAAUUCUCAAUUCUCCUGAAAGAAUUUGAACUAAUAACGCUGAGUAAUGAAUACAAUUGGAUUGAUUGUUCAAGUACCAAUCAGGAGAAUCAUCAUCUUGCUUUCUGCGGGGAUCUCUUUGAUCUCAGCUUCACGUUGCCAUUUGAUGACUUCCUACCGCCAACGGUGCCGCUCAAGUUUUGGAUUCACGGUGAGGGUUUGGAUUUGAGCUUGUACCUCCCGGAGGUGUCAACGAGUAGGCCCAUUCUCAUUGGAUUGGAUGAGAAUGCACGAAUACUCACGCGUGAUGGGCAUGUGCGGAAACGUGCAGAAUUGAUGACGAAGAAAUGGCGGAGAAUCUGUCAACGAACUGCUGGAUGGAUUGACUGCUGGACCGUACCAAUUGUUGCCCUUGCCAUUCAGUAUAUCUACCAUCCGAUUCCGCCUCUUGGUCCAGAUCCUCAGGCGGACAUUACGACGCCUGAGAAGGAGGAGAUCCUCCUGAGUCCAAUGAGAAUUCCCAAAUUGCGUAAAUCUCCCGUAAUCACGUGGACGCAGUCAGAUCAACGAUUUGAUCCAACCACCCUGCCACCGGAUAAGGUGACUGUGGAGUUGGAAAUUGGAUCAUCGGUGCUAUUUGCCUAUGGGGCUGUCCUGCGGAAUUUUAUUCAUCUCAAAGAGAAUAUCUUUGGGGAGGAUCAAACAUUCACAGAUAUGGAGAUGUCAAAUAUAAAGACGAGUCCAACACAAAAUUCUGGACUCACAAAGGCAACACUCAUUGCGAAGGAUGAUCAGACAAAGUCUGUGUCGGAAGUGAGUGUGGGCACAGAGGAGAAGCCCAAGAGAUUCGAUCCACGUCUCUAUCGUCCCUUUGAGGUAACCGUAACGGUGACAAUUCACGACAUUCAGGCGCAUUUAAUAAAGAAUUGCACUGAGAAUGAUCCCCCAUGUCCGAUUAUUCUCAUUGAACGAUUGGGCUUUGAGAUGACGAAAACAUUCACGGAGACACAGCUUCAGGUGCUCGUUAGCCCGUCCUUUCUCAUCAUUCCGGACAAUUUGCCACGAAGCCCAAAGGAUAAGCACCUAAAGCAGGGUCACCUCUUGCUGUCAGCCGUCCAGGUGCGUGGGCAUGCGAUGUUCAGCAAUGAGGGGAGAUCCCUCGAUGAGGAUACACUGGAAUAUGGAUGGCUGUUGGAGGUGCAAUUGGGAAAAUUGUCCGGGAAGUUGACACUGCAGCAAAUGUGCCACCUUGUUACGGGACUCGAGACAUUCCUAAUGCUGGCAAUUGAUUCGGAGAAUCAACUGCGUCCCUCGAAGAAUCUACGGUACUGCCAUCAUGGGGUCCCGUCGAAUUUGUGUCCUCAUUCCAAGGAGGAUACACGCUAUCGUUGUCCAUCGUGUGAGGAUAUCAAGUACCGCAUGACGCGCGUUGCCAUUGAUGCCAUGGAUAUCUAUUUGGUUGAGAGUGGAACAGCUCUGCACACGUGGAUCUCACCCAUUCGUAUUUCCACGUGCAAUUUGCAUGGGCAGCAAGUUAAAUCGGGCAUCACGGGACUCCUCCCGACCGUCCUUAUUCGACAAUUUGUCUCAACUGGUGGGCAUUUCACGCACAUCAAUGGGAAUUCUCACAGCAAUACAAAUACAACUGGUAGUGGGAGAUCUUCGAAGAUUCAGACGCAUUACAAUCAGCAGCAGCAUCCCGGAAAAGAGGGGACGGAUAAAAAGGAGGAUUUGAAUGUUCUGUUUAAGCGUGAGGAGCAUGUGAAGGGGAAAAAGGAGGGAGAUCAUGGUGUUCACAGGAAGGAAUCACGCGAAAAGGAGGAUCUUCACGCAAGGAGAUCGCGUGAGAAUGAGCAUCAUUACAAACGCGAAAAGGAAGAUACUUUCACGUCUGUUUACUCGUCCGUAAGGGAUAGGGCACGGGAAGUAGAUCAGGAUCCUUGGCUUGAAGUUGGAUGUGUCUCCUUUGGACCAAUUAUCAUUGAAGCUGCUUCUGCUCUCCCCAUUCCUGAGCAUUGUCUCCAUUUGGUGCAGCACAACUACUUGAAGGUGCAUGAUGAAAAGUCAAAGAGAUUGUGGUUCCUCUGGGGAAUAAAUGUGGAGAAUACAAAAUGUGGCUGUGUCGGUGGUUGUGCUUUCUUUGGAUCAAAUAGAAAUGGGAUGAAUUUCUUCAAACCAACUGCUCAAGAUUUACACGACAACGUUAAUAUUGCACGAUAUCACAUUCACCCAAAUCCCAAAGAAUACGGAUUUGGUCAGAGUUUACUUCAUGAAGGGCAAUUAGUCUUCCACACUCCUCCCUAUAGCCUACAGCCGGUUACCCUUCAGGAAUGCUACGAGUACAUUUCAAAGCCAAAUCUUCGUGGAUCCCGCCAUGGUGUGGAUACAAAAUCCCCGCUUCCAGUUCAGAAACAAGAAAGUAUUUAUGUUAGUAAAUCAGAUACAUCACCCAAUAGUACGUUGAUAAAACCCUGUGCGGAUUAUCAUGAAAAGACACUGCCCAAGAUGAAGGAGAAGGGUUCCCCACUAUCCGGGGAGCGCAGAGGCAGGAGGUUUUCAUACACAAAUUCAAGACAAAAUAUUCACGACGUUCCGUAUGCUCGUCUAAUUGACACCCCAUCGAAGGGCGGAAGAUCUCGUGAUCAAUGCGAUGGUGGUCGUUUGUCGCAUACUGGCCCCAUAAGGCAGGACUCUGCAUCACGUUUAUCCGCAGCCUCCCCGCGGGGUUUGCAAAUUCCACCGCCAAAGACAAGUGCGUCGGAUUCAAGGCUCACAGUUGACUAUUUUCAUCCAUCUGAUGAAUUGGAUUUAUCCGUUGAGAUGUCCUCAUCAGCUCCACCGCCACAGCAUCCCCUUCAGUCGGAUUCGGAGCAAUCACUGAGUCCGCACAUUAUUUCCGAAGAAGCCAUAAAUCGUGAAGUUCAGCGAACAAUCUCGCUGACAUCGGAAAAUCCCUCUGAGGCCUUCUUCUCAGCCGAUGAAGAUAUUCACGCAUCACGUAGCUCCAGCCUCAAGACGGCGGAUAUUGUGAUGCAUGUGCCAAAGAAGAGAUUUGCAUCGGAUCUCAGUAUUGGUGGGCAGAAUGAUUUGGAUAGUAAACUCUCAACUCAUCGUAGUGAUUAUGAAAUAAAUACCCCUGAGCAUCGAAGUUUACCCAAGAGGCCACAGAGUACGGCUGAAUUUACCGGAGACGAGAGAAGAAUUCACGGUCUUGCCACACCACUUCGAAAAUUUAGCAAUAUUUCACCAAGACCAGAAUUUCGUCACUUUAAACCAGUGUAUGAUCAUAUGGACUCACAGGAAUCCUCAAGUGAUUCCCCAUCACUCUCCUCGACAUCCUUCAUAUCGGCUCUGUCGUCGCAGGAGGAUAUAACUCUUGUGAAUUUGCACAUGCAAGUUAAUCGUCCCAUUGUGGAUUCACCCCUCCUGAUGGCCAGCUAUGUGACGCAUUUGGCUCAAGUGCGCUGCACCAAUUGGUCCCACUGUUCACUGCCCUACGGGGCGGAUUCCUUCUCAAUGCCGCUUUUCCAGCAAAAUGAAGACGGUGGUCUGGUGUACAUUGGUGGGAAGAUGGUGCCACACUUUGACACCUGUUCCAAUUGGCGCGAAGUGAGAAUUCUCACAAGAAGUGAUCCAGCCACGAGCUCUACUUUACCAUCGAGCUCUGGCUUGCCCAAAUCUCAUCCAUGGGAUCCAUCAAUUAUGAUCAAGAAUGACGAGCAGGAGAAGCAUAAAGAAAGUGAAGAAAAUGAGUUUAUCAGCCCAAUGGGUGGUGAGACAGCAACAAGAAAUUCCGUUGUGGUUCGUUGCAAAGGUCAAGCUGAUGUGAUGGUAACUCCACUCUUACUUGAAGGGCUUCAAAGAAUGAUUGAAUCGUUAACACCCACACUUGCCACGCUUCACCCUCUAACAAUUAUAAAUUAUUUGCACGGUUCGUGCAUAAGAAAGGUGGAGGCGGCAAAUAUCCUGAAGAGAGAUCAAUCUCUCAGCUAUUGGUCACAAGUACAUUCCAAUUCGAAGAGAUCAACAGCUGAGAGAAAUCUCCAAGGGCCAGGAGGGCCAGUUCUCACAGAUGUCUACGAAGAGAGUAUCUCAACGCAGCUUCAGGGUUUGGUUGUACUGCCGAAGAUUAGUGUAUCGAUGAUUCAGAGUUCAGUUGUUGAGGAAGUCAUAUCAUUUGCUGCAUUGGACAAUGUGCAGGACUUGAGUUGUGCAUCCCUCCUUGUUGUCUGCUUUGACAGUAUUUCCACACGAUUCCACUUUGCAAAGACAACCAAGGCGUCCAUGCACACCUUCACGCAGCCCGCAAUGAGAUCAGGAGGACUCAAGAAGGGGGGAAUUAUUCGUGGGACAACGCGAGCCCUGCUAGCGCACUUAUCAUCGCAAUCGCGUCCGGAUAAUGUUCCCGGAGAACCUGUUCUGAUUGAGACAUCAGAGAAGCAACUGGAGGAACUUGUGGUUACAUUGGACAUUGGGAAGGCUCAUGCUCAGUUGCGAAGACUCAAGAAUGAAGGGUGUGCCCUGCAGGAGAAUCAGACAAUUGUUACGGCAAUUCCGGCGCAUCGCAGUCGUGCCAUGUUUGAGUGCACAAAGUACCCCGAAGAGCCAUCCCUUGAACCCUUUGGAUUGGGCUUUAUAAUGUUUGAGGGUGGUCUCGAGGGGAUUGGUGUGAAGAUUGUGAAACGAUCGCAAUUUGAAAAGUCCGAAAAUGCUCAGGAUCGCCUCAAGGAGCAACCUGCAGAGGUGGAGACGAGUGUGGAAGUCCAAGCGUUGGCGAAGAAGUCAAAUCAACAGCCGGCAUCAACUUCUGCAACGGAUUCCGCACCGAAUACGGGGAAAUUGGGUGAAAAUCGCCUCUCAGGCGGAGGGAUAAGCAAAAAGCCCCUCACACCGAAGCCAAGUACACCAAAAGAGAAAUUAAUGAUGGGAUUGGAUUUCAAUAAGAGUCGCGAUAAGGAGAGUGGGAGCAAAGAUGGGAAGACACCGCAAGUUCCACAGCCUAAACCCACUGAGACGGUGAUAACGGUUGAAGAGGAAGCUCCAGGGAAGGAGGGAAGUGGGGCAAAGGCACAACCCGCAGCUGGGGGUGGAAGUACCGCCGUUGUGGCGAAGAAGAAUGACAAUGGGAAGACAUCAUCGUGCAUAAUUGACUUGAAGACAGUUUGGUUUAAUUUUGCAGCACCCCCGAGGGUGCCAAUAACGCGCAAAAUUGACUACACGAGGCUUGAUUGGAAUCUUCUGAGUACAGCAUCACCCGCAAUUACCGCAUGGAUGAAUCCGAGCAAUAGAUUUGCAAUAAAACUCGUCUCAAUGAUGAAGGCCAUGCAUCAGCGUCGAACGGCCGUUGCUGCAAGCUUAAUGGCCGAUGGGCUGGAAGUUCAGGGCAUCCAUCGUCCACCCAAGAGUCGCUAUUCGAGGAAACUCACGCCACUCUCGAAGACGCUGCAGGAGGAUCCAAGUUGCCAACUCUGUACGAUUAUGCAGAAAUAUAUUCUGCAGGAAAGUGUAGAGAAGGUUGAAGCGAAUCUAAAGCAACAGGAUCUGCCGCAGCUGAAUGUUUUGCGUCAGGGAGUGAUUGUGCUGAGUCGUCAAUGGAAGAAUACUCUGUACAAUCCAAUGUUGUUUGAACAUCAAUACAAGAAUAAACUCAUCCAACCCGUCAAUGUGGCUUUCUCCAUGCAACCACUCGAUGAGGAUUGUGAUGAUGUGGAUGAUAUGGACACUGAAACAUAUCCAAUGGGUGUUAUAAAUGACUCGGAAGAAACAGAACGUACAAUGCUUCUGGGUCAAGGUGUGGUUCCUCAUCGCAAUGUUAUUAAAUUACCCGAUGAUGCGGGAGCUACGUCGGUGCAUAAUUCAAAAUUGUCUGAUUCCGUAAAUACGUCGCCGAGUUUGAAGUCCGGCAAAGGGAAUAGGAAGAAGUCAAUAAAGACACAACAAUCUUCCACGAGACACUCGAGUAUUCAGAUGUUCCCAAUUAUUUCGGGCUUUGUGGAGAAGCAGGAGCCACAGAUUGAGUACGGAACACUGCGGGAUGGUUCAUUGCCGUCAAUUUGUAGCUCAUCGGAUUCCCUUGAGAAAGCCUGGAGUCCACCGCCGAAUCACAAAGAGGACUUGUACUCGUGGAUGGCGAAGCAGCAGCAUGAGAGUGAGAAGAAGGAGCACAGGGAGCGUCAUCAGGAUCGUCCGGCAACGCCUGUACGACCUACGGGCACAACAACGGUCGUACAGUCAUCAAAUGGCUAUGUUCAGGACUCUGUUCGUCUCCUCGAUGCUCACCUUAUCUUUGAGCCACUCUUGUCGUGCUUGGGCGUCAUGCCGCAGCAAAUGGUGAACAAUAAUCCAAAUCCUGAUGUGUCCUUGGAUAGUUUGGGAACAAAUCUCUCUCUCGUUGGGUCAUUUGAUACAUUGAGGAUUGAUAUUGUUGUCUCUGAAGCUGGAGAUAAGAAGCCUAAAGCUAAAAUUGGCAAGAAAUCCAACGGCAAGUUUGUACUGACAAUGCCACCGGAAACACCGGCAUUUCUCUGUGAGCGUGUUGGAGUUGAAAUUGAAGUACUCAAAAUGGCCGAUGGCUUCCCCGAAGAUGCCAAUCCGAAUGUCCUGUACCUCUCACGGGGGCAAUUGAAGAAGCACACGAGUACAGUGAUAAAUUUCAGCCUCAACAUUCGCUACAUUUCACAGCAGGUCAAUAUGCCACUCCUGCGGCUUCUGCAUCAAAUUACAAAUAUGUACCAGAAUGUUAAGGAAGCUCAGAAUGAGUUGCGGGAGCAACCGGAAACGGGAAAACGGAGUGUUCCCAUUAAGGAUGAAUCGAGUUUGGCGUCAGAAAUGAAUGAUCCAACCCUUUUGGGUUCAAUUCAUGAGCCCAUUUCACAGUUGGAUAGCAGUAUAAUGGAUGAGCAUUAUGAUAAGUUCAAUGAAUCCUAUCCCAUUGGACAUUCAAUAAGCAGAACACGUCUACCAUCCCUGGGGCCUCUUAUCCCACUCACACCGUCUCCAAGUUCACGCAAUCGCCCUCAGAGCUUUGCCCAGAAGCUCCGAUCAACGAGUAAGAGUGUUAAAGGGAAAUUGGGAUAUAUAAAUCUCACAGAGACAGUCUCCACCCCAAUUAAAACAAGCCCCACCGUCUCGACAUUCGAGCAAGCCUAUCCGGCACUUCAGAGGAAUCCCGUAGAGUCAAAAUACUCACUAACUGGUGCAGCAUCGAGUACUUAUGGGGGUCCUUUAGUGAAUGAAGCUUUUGUAGACUAUGCAGCUCCAUUUGGACGAUCAUCCUUCGAGGGGCCUACAAAUGGGACCAUUGAGCACACGAUAGUCACACCAAAAUGCUGGAAGACAAUUUACCAUCUUCUGAAUUUGUAUGCAACAAUGCCAGAGACCAAGACUGUGUGCCACAGGGUCUCCGUGUCUCCGGAUGCAAUUGAUAACUUUAAAUCAAUCCGACGCAGCAAUAUUGAGAGGAAGAGUAGUCAACGAGGGGGUGGCGGUGGUGAAGGAGCAGCUGGUGGGGAUGAUGUUGAUGGAAAUGGAACUCCUGUUCCACCAGCUGCGGGAGUUGUUGCGAAUGAAAGGACACGGUUGGUGGUGUUUGGUGUGGCAAAAAUUCACCGGACGCGUCUCUUGGCCACACUGAGUGGCUUGAAAUUGGAAGCUGAGAUUACAGCCCUGCAAAGUAGUGCAACGUGGAGGAAGAAAUCACGUCCAGCUGUACUCGAGUGCUCCCUCACAGGUCACAUUGGUCGUGCAAUGAUUGUCCUCCUGGAGGGUGUUGCGCCGAGUCAGCAGACUGUUGUGAAGGUGACCGUUGGCAAGAGUCAGACACUCUAUUCGAGUGUUUCGAGGCGCGGAAAGGACAAGAAUAGCGGCUUACUGUCUAUUGGACCCGUUAACAUUGACAUUCCACAGCAUCCGGUGGCAUUGCAUGGGAUGAUGACACGAAGCUCAAAGCAACUCUCGUCGACCCUGCAAGAGUUGCGUGUUACGAGAUCAUCUGCACGACUUUCACGGCAGAAUGAUGAGCCAGAUUCCCCAAUGCAUGCGCGUGAUGCAAAGGAGAAGCAAGCAAAGAAGCCAAUGUCGAGUUCUAAGGCGGCAGCAGGAAGUAGUAGGAGUGCUCUCAUUCAGCCACUUGUGAUGCAAUUCAAUGUAAUCCUUCAGAGUUUAUCCGUAACUGCGGCACUGUUGCCAUCGCUUCAGGCUCAGUACAAAAUGGAUCAUGUGUCGUCCACGGGGGUGACGGGAAGUAAGGCAAAGUUCACAAUUGACCUCCCGAGUCAUUCGCUGAGUUUCACAACGAAGAUUCACGCAAGUGAGGCUAAUUUGCCAUCAGAGGCAUCCAUUGCACUGCCCCCGGUGCAUGUAAGUGCGGAGUAUGUGCCGGAAAAUGCCCCACAGGAUGUUCCAAUUGACGGGGUGGUUCUACGGCAGGGUGGUUAUGUGUCAGCUUCAGCUGAAAUUGGAGUAUUUGAGCGAUGCCUCACAACGGAUCUCCUCAAUCAUCUUGUCUUUGUGCAGAAGGUCUUCAUGAAGGAAGUCAAUGAGGUGGUGCAGAAGGUGUAUGGUGGGGAGAAGCCUGUUCCUCUUUGGUUGGAGGAAAGCGACGAUAAUGGAUCAUCCCUCAAGAGAAUCCUCUUCUCCCUCAAUAUUCGCGUAAAGCAAAUUCAAUUGACCGCAACAACACCGUGCAAUUCAGCGGUUCGCUUCGAAACGGGCCAACUUGAGCUACAUCUCUCGAAUCGUGUGAAAAAUCUUGCAGAAGGAUCGAGUACGAAGCUCUUUGGUAAAGCCCAAAUUGAUCUAAAUCUCUCAUUGGGGCAAAUAAUAAAGAAUGUCAUGUUCGAUGAGGCUGAACCGGAAUUCCAGCAGUAUGCCUUCUUCAAUACAACAAUUGGGCUGAGGAAUGCCUUCCAGGAUGAGAUGCUGAAUGAUGAUAAAGAAUUGGUCUUGAUCACGUUGAAGCGUCCACUGAUCUACAUUCAACCCGUGGCAGUAGAUAAGGCAAUCCUCGUGUGGCUGAAUUACAAGAAUGCCUAUGAGUAUUGGGCAGAGAAGCGAGCAAAUCUCAAUAAGGAAGUCUUAACGGCAACACAGCAAGUUUUCGAAAAGGUUCCCUUUGGCCAGCUGAGUCAGCACCUCAGUACACCCAACUUAUCCACACUCUUCCUCCAGCUGACUGUUGAGGAUAUGGGAAUCUGUAUGCCCCUGAAUCCCUUGCCACUGACAAAUUGGGGACAGAGAUCAAUUCAGGACUUUGAAUCCCAUGGAGCUGUGGUCAUAACGUUGGAGAAUACGAUCAUUUCCGCAUGCAAUUCGGGAUCGUUGGUGUCAAAGGGGCGCUUUGUGGGGCUCUGUUUGCGCUUUGCCGAUGACUUUGAGACCUCCCUGGAUGAUUGGAAGCCAAAUAUGAAUGAUUCGAGCAUCAUGAAUCUCUGUGUUGUCUCCGAGGGGACGUACGAGGUGUGCUCCCGGACAAUUGCAGCUAAACAAUACCUUGAGAAUGCCAAAUGGAUUCUCAAUGUAACGUGGCAAAUGGAGGGGGUUGAUAUUCAUCUCGAUGUGAAUAUUGGGAAGCAACUCUCAGCCCUUGGGCACACAUUGACCAUGCUAACGGGCUCGGAGGAGGAUGAACCGAUAACAGUUGAGAGUGCCGAUAGUGAUGAAGGUGAUCAGACAGAGGAUAAAUUCGAAGAGGAUCCAACACAAUCAAAACGUAGUAUAAUGGAAUCUUUGCCAUCAUUUGUCUUUGACCCGGCCAUUGAUACAAAGAAGCGCUCGUUGAUGAUGGAGAAGGAGAUGAAUGAACAGUUGAAGAUUAUCAGUGAUCUCCGUACCCUUGGAGCUUCCUACAAGACUGUUGCGCAAGAAGAGAGACGCCUACAGGAACUUCAAGCUCUCUGCUAUAAAUACUUCCGACGCGAUAUGAUUCAGAAAUGGAAACGUCCUUCAAUGCGACGUUCAAUGCUGAAGACGGCAAAUCGUUCGAGAUCAUUUGUAAUUCAAUCGCCUACGAAGGAGGAUCUCCUUGAAUGUGGGGAGAUUCACCUUCCUGAGAAGGUCAAUGAUGGCGAUGGUGGGAGCUUGCAGAGUUCACCGCAUUCGGGACCAUCGAGGAGUGCUUCGCUGAAAAUGCGCAUCCCCACGGGACCUCGUGUCACGUUCACGGACACAAUGAGGCAAUCAUCGCUGCCAAGUGCGGAUUCGGAGAUGAAUUUCCACGAUGGCGGUGGUCUCGAGUGGCCAUCGUAUGAUAGUUCAAUGCAGGAAAUCCCGCAUAUGCUGGACAUUGAUGGGGAGCAGGUGGAGCUGCGGAAGAAGAGCCCAAAUCAUCCGGUGAAGCAGCAAGAUCCGAAUGUGGACUUUGAAUUGGACAUUAAAGUAUUGGUGAAUUCCGGAAAGUGUGUGCUGUACACAAAGGAACCGGAUGAUCGGAUAACGAGUACCCUCCUCACGGGGGCACGUCAUCAUAAGCGGGAGAGGAGCACUGGGACAGAUUGGGGGAGUCCCGUGCCACCGAGGAGGAAUAAAGACAAAUCCCGGCUACGCUACAAUGCCAACCACACCCUCCUGACUGAAUUGACAAUCUUCCACAUUCCCGGACUCGAUGUGAAGCUGAACUAUCAAUCGAAAACCAUUCCGGAUGAUUCAUCACCGCGGCUCAGUACGACGGAAUCAUUCAGCAGUGGACGGCGCUUGGGGUCGAAACGUGCCUCAUUGUUUGCCUGGAUGACACUGCAGAGUAUCCCCGAGGAGACAAUCAUAUCGCCGCAUAUUCUUGAAUUUCUCGAGCAAACACUCGAACCAAUCCCGAAAACAUCACUCGUUGCACCAUCAAAUCCCGUCAAUAUUGAUCUUCUGCAGGGAAACUAUGUGGCCUAUGCCUCAUUCCCUGUGGAUGUUAUUGUUUACUUUCAUAUGCAACCCUCUACGUUUAGAUUCUCCUGCCUGCCCGUGUCACGUGUUGAGUGUAUGCUUCAAUUGCCCAGCUUGGAUAUUGUCUUCAGUUCCAAGAGGCAAGAGAGUGGUCCUGAACAUGAGGCUAAGACAACCUCAGGUGGUGGCCUGAGUGUAACAGGAUGCCUGGCGGAUUUCAACGUCUACAUCUUCCAUCCGUACGGUGGGAAGAAGAGUGGCAUUAAAGAGGCACAGUUCUCACCACUUGCUGACAGUGAGCGCAAAGAUUCUUUGAGUAUUAAUGUGGAAUUCGUAAAGUUUCACCUCACACGCUCCCGAACAGUUAACUAUGAAUCCUUGACAACGAAGAAAUCCGAUCAGAGGGCAGUUAUUCGUUUCUCAACCAUCGUAGACAUUGGCAGUGCAUCCUUCAAGUACGACAUGCGACGUCUCACGGAGAUUCUGGCUUUCCCGAAAGCCUGGUACAGGCACAGCAUUGUGAGGCGGCUCUUCCUUGGGGAUCUCAGUGUUCAACAAACAAGUACGGGUGAUUUGGACUUUACACCUUCGGAUGAGGGCAAAGGGUACACAAAGAGUGUUGGAGGAUCAUCGUCAGAGCGGAGUCCACUGCUCAAGGAGAAGUUACGGCUGAACUUUGACAAUGACGUAGUCUCAAAGGGGAUGAAGCUCAAGGAUAUGGAGAAAUCAUCGAGUUUGGAUUCCAAUACAUCCCCAUCGGAACCCAAUCAGGUCACCGCAUGGGAGACUCUCGUGCUCUUUGCGGUGAACUUCAAGAAGCUAAAUGUGCAAAUGAAUAUGGGCAAUGUCAUGGGGAAUGUGGUGUGGCUGACAAAGGCAUUCCGCAGUGAAGGAAGACUGAGUAUUGGGAGUACGGGACAUAAGAAUAUGUACAUUGGUAUAGGAUUGGGGAGUUCAACACUUGAUGCGAAGGGUGGCAUUGUGGGUGGGACGAUUGAGUUGAGUAAAAUUGAUACACAUAUGCGUGUUCAGGAGGAGCCUGGAUGUCAACCGCAUCACAUGAUGGGCAUUAAAUUCCUUGCGCUUGAACUGAGGCUGGACUACAUGGGUACGAGUGUUCUCAUGAAGAGAAUUAGCUCCCUCAAUGCAGCUCUGGAGGAUAAAUGGGAGAACUCAUGCGAUGGUGAGGUGGAUGGAAGGCCAAAGAAGCCUCCUGUUAUUCUUAUUCAUGGAGAUUUAAGCUGGGAUCAAUUACAGGUGCUAAUUUCAAAAUCAACGACUGCUGAUCUCCUAAAAAUGUUCUAUAAACUAGAAGAAUUCUUCUCGCAGCAAUUUAAAUCGUCAAAGAGGGUCUUUUCAUCCCUUGAACCGCGUUUCUCCACCACAGCUUCCGGGAGAACAAAUAGCCUGAAGAGGCGUCAAAUGCAAUUCAAGAAACGGACCAUUUCCGUGACAGACAGUGGCAUUGUUACGCCACGUGAUCAAAGUGCUCAAGAUGCACGACAUCAUAGGCACUGGCAGAAGCCCCUGAAGCAGGUGCUUGGCUUCUAUUUACCCUCAUUUGCAGGGGAUGCUGGGCAGGGGACAGUUCUCGGGGGAACAAUGGAAUUGCAUGGGAAUAACAUCUCCCUCGCGUGCUUCCAUGGGAUUAAUUUUAAAUCCAAAUCAUGGGCAUUAUUCAGCUUAAGGGAUCCAUGUAUAAAUUUCGCCACGGAGGCACAACCCAUUGAGAAUACGGAGGAUGUGCACAUAAAUCAAACGUUGAUCUUCAGCUUGGGUAUGAGUGCACGGACACAGCCACAGAGUCAUUCAAUGGCAACAGUUUGCCGGAUGACGCGCAACAUUAUCUUCCCGCCGCAAUUUAAGACGCUCCACGAGUGGUUCCACUAUGCUUUUGCCAAUUCGGAAAUUGAUUCAGUUGAUCGUUUCCCUGUGUUGGAGCGCGAGAGGCCGGAGCCAAAUACGAAUUCCAUUGAGAAGGUGCGUCAGGGUGCAGCUGGUGGGGGGCCACAGGCAAAGAGUCAAGAUCCCAACCACAAUCGUGAGGUGAUUUUCGCGCUACCAAGUUUGAGGCUACAGUUCAAGACGGAGCACAUGCAGGGAGCAGCAACUCCGGAAUCGAGUCAAGAUGAGAAGCCCGUGGUUGAAUGUAGCUUCAUUACGGAAUUUGAGGAUCAUAUUUUCGUCACAGUGGACGCCGAUGCAUUCUUCUUCCUUCACGAUCUCAUAACGUCGUACCUCAAGGAGAAGGAGAAGGUUCUCGCAGCAGCUGGCUAUACUCGAUCAGCUUCACCGAAUGUCCCUACGGCGAGUGGUUCAAAUGUAAGCCAAGGGCAGAAUUCAAUGGGAUCCGAUGGGAAGUUGGCAGCAGGAACUGCAGCAGAUGCCGAUGGUACAAUGGUCAAUGGCUCCGAUGGGGCGUCAAUGCAGCAACAGCCGAAUCUUACAGUGUCCGAGGAUAAGGCAGUGAAGAUUGAUAAGAUGGACAUGGAGGCAUUUGUGAAGGAUUGGCGUGAUUUUGUGUGCCGUACGUGGCAUUUGGAGCCAACGGUGCGCCUCCUAUCGUGGGCGGGUAAAUCAAUUGAGCCCUAUGGCAUUGAUUACAUUCUCAAUAAGUUGGGAUUCAGUCAUGCCCGCACCACAAUCCCAAAAUGGCUACAACGGGGCUUUAUGGAUCCACUGGAUAAACUUCAGGCACUCAUGAUGCUGCAACUCCUCUCAAUGGUCAAGGAGAAUCGCGUGCAGAACAACUAGGAAGUAAAUUCCCGUAAGUUCGUCAACUUCUUACUCUCUAUCGACAAAAUAAAACAAAACGUCUUGACCCCAAUCAUAUACCAAAGAUUUUACUCUUCACCAUUAGCGGUUUAGGCGGUAGGUAUUAGAUUCUAGGGAAAUCUAUAGUGAUCUUAGUGAUGGUAUAUACAUAAAUAGUUACAAGAUAAAAAUAAAGGGAUAUUCAGAGUAAAAGAAAA